CCUUAGAAGAAAAAUUGAUUUUUGUUAACAAAAAAAAAAAACGAAAUGGCCUCUGCUUCGAUGACGGUUGCGCCAAUCACGGCCACUCAGAGGCGGAGCGCCGCCGCAUUCGUCAGCCCGUUGCCGGUGAGGCCGUCGAAGACUGCGUCUGUGAACCAAACCUCCGGCAAGAAGCUCCGAGUUUCGGCGUCUUUGAAGGAAAAGGCAAUCACGGGGCUGACGGCGGCGGCGUUGACGGCGUCCAUGGUGGUACCCGACGUGGCGGAGGCCGCCGUGUCGCCGUCGCUCAAGAACUUCUUGCUCAGCAUCGUGGCCGGCGGCGUUGUUCUCGCCGCCAUUCUUGGCGCCAUCAUCGGCGUCUCAAACUUUGACCCCGUCAAGCGAUCCUAGGCGUUAUUGUUUGGUUUUUAUCCACUUGUACUUCAAAAAUCUGUACUUUAUACUGUUAUUAUAUGCUCUGCUUUAAUUUCUUUAAUUUUCAUGUACAACAUAAAUAAAUCAAUAAAUUUUUACUUCAUUUA